UUUUUUUAUGAAGGCAAUUCCGGGCCUUUCCCUUGGAGCUGAGCUGACUUUAGACACACAGCAGUGCUCUCUUCUUCAGCCAGUAGCUGCCUCUCAGGAGCUAUUCCAGCAAGCUGGACUCGCCAAAGUGAGGACAGGAAGGGAGGUGGAAAUGGCCAAGGACCUGCAGAGGAGACAGAGGUAGUUGGGGAAGGGUGCUCCUUUCUGGCUCAGCGUCAUGGUGGCCAACUUCCUUGGACCACACCCCUGUCCUGGUUCUGUGGGUGACAGGUCUUCACAAGACAACAAAGCAGAGAUUCAAGAUGCGGAAGCCAUGGAGUUGAGCUGCAGCGAAGUACCUCUUUAUGGGCAGAUGACGGUUUAUGCCACGUUUGGCAGAAAUGUUUACCUUCCUAAAGAUGCUGAGUUUUACUUUAUUUAUAAUGGAGCACAUCAGAGACACAUCGUGAUGGCAGAACGCGCCGAGGACAAUGUGCUCCAAUCCAGCAUUCCAGGCCAUGCGCUCCAGGAGACAGUGACAGUAUCCGUGUGCCUCUGUUCAGAAGGUUACUCCCCAGUGACCAUGGGCUCCAGCUCAGUGACCUACGUGGACAAUAUGGCUUGCAGGCUGGCCCGUCUGCUGGUGACCCAGGCUGAUCGCCUCACAGCCGGCAGCCAUCAGACCCUGCUGACUCCAUUCGCCCUGACAGUGGGGGCGUUGCCUGCCUUGGACGAGGAGCUCGUGCUGGCUCUGACCCAUUUGGAGUUGCCUCUUGGGUGGACUGUCUUGGGAAAUCCUUCACUUGAAGUUUCUCUACACAGAGAGUCUCUUCUACACCUGGCUGUGAGAUGGGGCCUUGCUAAGCUUUCCCAGUUCCUCUUGUGUCUCCCUGGGGGAGUGGAAGCCUUGGCUUUACCCAAUGAAGAGGGCGCCACGCCAUUGGAUUUAGCUGUACAUGGUGGGCACUCGAAGCUGGUGGAAGACAUCACCAAUUUUCAGGGCAGGCGUUCCCCCAGCUUCUCCCGAGUGCAACUCAGUGAAGACGCCUUCCUGCAGUAUAGUCACUCAUCGGAGACACUGACCCUGACGCUGAACCACACCGCUGUGCAUUUGUUGGAGGCAGAUAUUAAACUCUUCAGGAAAUACUUUUGGGAUAGAGCCUUUCUCAUCAAGGCUCUUGAAGAGCAAGAAGCCAGGCCCAGGGAAAGGCCAGAGAUGCCCUCCAAUGCUGCAGAAACCGAAGAAGAGAUUAAAAAUCUGGUGUCCAGUAGAUCACUGCCUGACGAAGAUGUAAAGUGUGCAAAAAGCCUGGCAGUUCAACUGAGUGAACAUGAAGAGCAGGACAGUCUAGAUUCCGAUCGCUCCUUUGAUGUCCUCAAAAAAUCCAAGCAUCAACCCACAUUCCUUGCUACUGGCCAGCUUUCUGAUGUGCUGAAUGGUGGUGAUGAAGUUUAUGCUAACUGUAUGGUUAUAGAUCAGGUUGGUGACUUGGAUAUUAACUAUAUUAAUAUAGAGGGCAUCUCUACAAACUCCUGCCCUGAAUCCAUGGGUUCUACCCUGGGGCCUCAGAGCUGCAAGCACAUCCUUCCUCCUGAAACCAACCCUGGCAUGUACCCACUAAGUGAGAAUAAGAAUGUGACAUCAAACCCUGAUGCCCAGCAGCCAUUCACGUCACCAUCUAGUUCAUACGCUUCCAAUUUGAAUUUAUCUUUUGGUCUUCAUGGAUUUGAAAAGGAACAAAGUCAUCUAAAGAAAAGAAGUUCUAGCCUUGAUGCCCUGGACGUCGACAGCGAAGGGGAAGGACAUCCCGAAAAGUCACACGUUGGUUACACUCCGGGGUUGCAGAGUUCCCCUAGAACUGGGAUUCCUAGUGGGGAUGAAAUGGACUCUUUCGAGACCACCACUGAGCCAGACUUUAGUAUCUCCAGGACUGAAUCACUUUCUUUAUCAAGUAACCUGCAGUCGAAGGAAUCAUUACUUUCUGGAGUCCGCUCACGUUCUUAUUCUUGCUCAUCACCCAAAAUUUCCUUGGGAAAAUCUCGUUUGGUGCGUGAUUUUACAGUGUGCAAUUCAAGUGAAGAGCAAAGAGCUUACAGCUUACCGGAGCCACCAGGAGAAAAAAGAAUUCAGGAGGAAGAAUGGGAUAAAUACAUCAUACCUGCCAAAUCAGACUCUGAAAAAUAUAAAGUGAGCCGGACUUUCAGCUUCCUCAUGAACAGGAUGACUAGUCCUCGGAAUAAAUCUAAGACAAAAAACAAGGAUGCCAAAGACAAAGAGAAACUGAGCCGACACCAAUUCAUCCCUGGAAUGUUCUCUGGGGUUGUACAGUGUCUGGUUUGUGAUAAAACACUCCUGGGAAAAGAAUCACUCCAGUGUUCCAACUGUAAUGCAAAUGUACAUAAGGGUUGUAAAGAGACUGCACCUCCAUGUACCAAGAAAUUCCAGGAGAAGUAUAACAAGAACAAACCGCAGACCAUCCUUGGAAAUUCUUCAUUUAGAGAGGUCCCACAGCCUGGUCUCUCCCUGCAUCCUUCUUCUUCUAUGCCUAUUGGAUUGCCAACUGGGAGGAAGGAAACUGCAGGCCCAGUCCCUCCCAUGUCCAGAAGUGUUCCAGGUACCACCUUGGAAAGCUUCAGGAGGUCUGGGAUGUCUGUGGAGCCUGAGAGUGACACAAACAACUGGAGAAGCAGGUCUCAUUCCGAUGAGCUGUUACAGUCUAUGGGCUCCUCUCCCUCCACGGAAUCUUUCUUAAUGGAAGAUGUUGUGGAUUCCUCUCUGUGGAGUGACCUCAGCAGUGAUGCCCAGGAGUUUGAAGCAGAAUCUUGGAGUCUUGUGGUGGACCCCUCAUUUUGUAGUAGGCAGGAUAAGGAUGUCAUCAAAAGACAGGAUGUCAUUUUUGAGCUAAUGCAAACAGAAAUGCAUCACAUCCAGACCCUGUUCAUCAUGUCUGAGAUCUUCAGGAAAGGGAUGAAGGAGGAGCUGCAGCUUGACCACAGCACAGUGGAUAAAAUCUUUCCCUGUUUAGAUGAGUUACUUGAAAUCCAUCGGCUCUUCUUCUACAGUAUGAAAGAACGAAGGCAGGAAUCCUGUGCUGGCAGUGAUAGAAAUUUCAUCAUCAGUAGAAUUGGAGAUAUAUUAGUACAACAGGUAAGGCCCUUAUCACCUUUCCCAACAUCAUGGUCAAAAUCAAAGGAUUACAGACUCUACAGGGUUAAAAGCUUCUGGGAAACUGGAAUUGAUUUCCUUACAGUUACUGACAGAUGGUUGUGA